AUGGUGUCCUCGUUGAUCCAUCAGGAUGCAAUCGCCCUCAUUGGCCCAGUCUUGUCUGCACAAAUUAGAGCCACACAUCCGAUCUGUGGCGGGCUGCAUGUGCCUCAGAUAGCUCCAUGGGCCACCGACCCACGACUCUCCAUUGGAAAUCACUAUCCAUACUUGCUAAAGAUGACUCCGCCGGACGAUGUGAUGAACCGAGCUGUCAUCGACCUGGUGAGCAGCUUCAUGUGGAACCGAGUGUCUAUCCUGACUGACGACACUGACUUCGGCCUGAAUGGCGUCCACGAAUUCAUCAAGUUAGCCUCCAGGGCCGAUGUGAGGAUCUCCACUAUGUUGUCAUUCCACACUGUCAGUGAUUCCUCUGCUAUAGACGCUACAAAACAACUGCAGGAAAUCAGAGCAAAAGGAACAACCGUUGUCAUCCUCCACUGCCAUCCAGUCCAUGCGCUCCCCGUACUCAGGCAGGCUUACGAAAUGGGAAUCUUCAAGUCGAAAUGGGUUUGGAUUGUGACUAGUUUGGCUAGAGCUCCGCAUUUAGAUAACUUUGACAAUAUUACUGGUUUGCUUGGAGUUCGCCCGGCGCACGGAAAGGGCAGUCUUUACAAGGAGUUUCAGGCCGCCAUGGUGGCUCAGAUGCCCGAAAGGAUCGCAGAUCGACAACAAAACAUUCUGGCGUCCACUGCACAUGGCUACGAUGCAAUACUGGCGAUCGGUUACGCCUUGCAUGCCCUUCUUAAACACGGCCCGAUACAUGAACAACACGUCGAAAGGACUUGCACCUGUGAGUCUGGUGCGCCAUCACAAUGCGGCGAGAAGCUAAUAAAGUAUCUGAGAGAGGCUAGAGGUCCCGGUGCAACGACUGAAAUAGCAUUCAAUGAGUUUUACUACCCCGAAAAUGCCGACUUUGAAGUUGUCAAUCUGAAGGCAAAGAAAAGCUGGGUUAAGGAUCCGCCGUUUGUGAUAAAGAAGAACCCAGCCGAUGGUGGGGGACUUGGAGGUUUCUGCAUAGACCUGAUCGAAGAACUUCAUAGGCGUCUUCAGUUUGACUACGAUAUUUACAUACAGGGCAACGAUAUGUAUGGUACACCAGUCAACGGGAGCGCACUUGAGUGGAACGGGAUGGUUGGCGAUCUCUUGGAAAAGAAAGCUGAUUUGGCUGUGGCAGCUACCUUUAUUUCCAAAAACAGAGCCGCCGUGAUAGACUUCAGCGUUGCCUAUUAUGACUCCGGCCUGUCCGUGAUCAUGAGGAAAGAAGAAGCGAAGGAAGAAUACGGCAUCUGGCCUAUCAUUGCUCCAUUUGAUAGCGCCCUGUGGUUGCUGGUUCUCGGAGGAACAUUUGCAACGACUCUUAUACUUUACAUCAUCGAGUUCCUCAGCCCCUAUGGACAAUAUGGCGUCCACGUCCAGCGCCACGACAGGAAGGACAAGCGAUUCAGAGACACCCGUUACCUCAUGAAUAUUCGAAACUCAUUCCAGUUCUGUUAUGCAGCUUUUGUUGGACUUAACAUUGAAGGUAUGCCGCGGUCGUUUUCCGGGCGCCUUAUCGGUAACUACUGGUAUUUAGUAGUCUUCUUCAUAACAGCCGGCUACACUGCUAACUUCGCUGCCUUUCUCACUGUCAGCCAAAUGCACGAUAAUUCCAUUCAAACUCUAUCGGAGCUUACAGCGCAAAACAAAAUCAAAUACGGCACCCUCGCCGAUACGAACACUGCUCAUUUCAUUCUUACGGCGACUAAUGACGUUUAUGGCCGGAUGGCCAGACAUACGAUGGACUUCGACACCAACGUCAAGACGGUCAGCGAAGCCAUACGACAAUUAAAGAGUGGUUUUAAAGGACAAGAAAAAGUCGCUGUUUGGAAACAAAAAGACGCAGUACGCCUUCAUCUACGACGAGCCUAUUCUGAGAAACAUAGCAAAUCAUGA